GUGAGUUUAGCCCUUAUAUACAAUUACCAUUUAUCACCAUGUAAUAAACAGAAGCAACAAUGAUAACUAGGAAGAAAUCUAUACAAGCCGUCUAUGUAACUGCGUUGAUUUGCCUGAUAGGACAUUACAUCCAUUACCAAGACAAGAUCACAAGACAAACAGUAGAUCUCCAUUUAGCGAACUUUACUGGAAAUACACCGCGGGCUGUCAACGAUAGAAACAAUGGACAAAACAUCCUGCAGUGUUCUAUAUAUGAACCUCUGAACCAACAGGCUUAUGCGAAAAUGAUAUUCCCAAGAAAAUUAACAAUUGAGGAAAAGUGGAUCGACUUAGAAGCUGAAGUAUACAGACAACUUCAACUUUGUAAUUUGGACAAGCUUCCUAAAGAACUCGACAUCAUGAAAUGUCCUCUCUUGAUCCGCUCCAAUAGUCCUUUCAUCCACAUGGAGGGCUACACAGACUGUAUGCGUGGCAAUACCACAAACCCGUUUGGUAUCAGGAAGAUAGAUUACUGUAUUGAAAGUGUCCUUGCAUUGUGCAAAUCAAGAUCGGUGGUGUUGGCCAAAGUAGUCCGUGGUUCAAUGGAAGGAUUAUCCCGCUAUCUUCAUACAAUCAACUACACAAACAAUGUAAAAGUCCUCCACCUUCUACGAGACCCCAGAGGAGAAAUCAACAGUCGUGUAAAUACAGUAUGGACUGAAUUUUCAAACUUCACUAAGAAUAAACAAUAUCAGACAAUCAGUGAUAUAUGUAAACGCAUCCAAAAAGAUAUAACUAUUAGACAUGAACUGGAAAAGAAAUACCCAGAUAUUUUCAUGCAAGUACUUUAUGAAGACCUCGCUGAAAACGCUAACAAGACUAUGGGAUCGAUACUUAAGUUCAUAGACUUGCCUUACUUUCCAUAUGUCCAAAAAAUGCUAAUACUGAAAUCGAUCAAUUCUUCGGGAUUAGCAUAUAAUUGGAAGGGAAUGCUUGAUAAAAAAUUAAUGGAGGAAAUUGAUAAACGAUGUUCGGAGGUGUACAUGGAAUUAGGUUAUUCCAAAACAGUAACAGGUCAGAACUACAGUAGUAAGACCACAAAAAAUCAUCAAUCGAGAAAUAGAUAAAUUGGAAUACGAUAAUAAAAGAACUUCUUUAGGCUAUGAGUUAGAAUUUGGCAAACAAAACACUCUACGCUGUUCAUUACAACAUCCCCAGAGUACAUAUUAGGAUAGUUAAGUUACACGUUUCAAAAAAAUCUUACGUGAACGUGUAGAAUU